GGCUCCGCUCCCUCUGCGAAUACGACUAAGGUGAUUGCUAUAGAUAACGGUGGAGGUCUGCUGAAGGCGGGGUUGAUUGACCCGACGCUUGAGCACGAGGCUCUUCUCUAUCCCGAGACUGUUAUUCCCAACGCUGUAGCAAGAUCGAGGCGUGGUGGGAAAACGACGAAACGGAAGCUCCUCAUUGGAAAGGAGAUAACGUCUUGUCCCGAGUACAUCAUGACGAGGCCUUCCCAUAAGGGGGUUGUCGUUGAUUGGGAGACGCAGAAGAUCAUUUGGGACAGCGUAUUGCACGGGCGACGGCAUCUUCCUGGGCUUCUCCCGAAGGGCACGGACGUUUCUGAAGUGACGAUCAUCGUCACACAGCCACUAUGCUGUCCGACGAUGGUCACCCGUGUUGGAAUGCAGGUUCUCUUUGAAGAUUUUGGAUUUGCUCGUGCAGUAAUUGUUGAUGCUCCCUUAUGCAUUCAGUCCAGUGAGGGCCUCAAAUCACAGUUCAGUGACGAGGAGUGGGAGAAUCCCUGCGGGUUGAUUGUUGAUGCGGGAUUCAGCGGAUGUCGGGCGGUGCCACUGUACAAUAUGUAUCCCAUCGAACACUGCGCUCAGAGAAUGGAUGUGGGUGGUAGAGUCAUGACCAACUACCUGAAGGAAGCUAUGGCACAUAAUCAAGUUGAUCUCGACGAUGCGCCGUUACUCGUUGAGAACAUCUUUGAAACAAUGUGCUAUUCUGCACAAGAUUUUGCAGAGGAAGUGAAAGCCUCUCGGGCUUGUCCUCAUGAGAGAGCCCGACGUUACGUCCUUCCGGACCAUUCCUCAACAUCAAAUCAUUUGGGAAAGGUUGUGGACCCUGGACAAGGGGAUGAUGUUACUAAUAAAGAUUGUGUUGAUUUGAGCCACGAGAGGAUGGUAGUCUGUGAGGCCCUGUGGCAACCCGGUUCAAUUGGGGUCCUCCAAGCCGGACUGGCCGAGAUGGCGGCGACAGCCGUGAUGAAGGCUCCCGUCGCAACGAGAUCGGCGAUCGCCAAGAAGGUUAUCUUGGGAGGAGGUCUUUUCCUCAUUCCGGGUGUUUUGAAGAGAUUCAAGGAAGAGUUCAGGUCGUAUUUGCCCGUGGAGAUUGCCAGUGAGGUUAAAUUCUUCGCUGAGCCGGACGGGAGAUACGACUUGUCAGUUUGGAGAGGCCUUCAUGCUCUUGGUUCCUCAGAAGAGAACUUGUCGCAUCUCGGAUUGCUCCAUCGAGAAGCUUGGUUAGCUGCUGUUACUAAGGCAUCGAGCAACAGUGCCCCCGCAGAGGCUAACCGAGCAGCGUCCACCCCAAGCACCAACUCUCGACGAGGUCGUAAGUCAAGCCAAUCUGGUCGUAAGAGGAAGUGUAAGAAAAAUGAUUGA